AUUUUCUCUUCUCUUCUCAAACAAACACAGAAAAAAUAGUUGAGGUUGAGUGAGUUAACCUAGACUCUAGAGAGAUGGCCAUUGUUGCUUUAACUUCUCUCAUGUCAACACUUGAGCUUGAGUUUUUGCAGUCCACCCCAAGGCCAAGGUCAAGGGUAUCUCUUGAUGAAGAUGAAAAUCCAACUGAAAGUGGGUUGAUGUGUUGUCUGCUGAAGCGCAAGCCAAGCAGCCCAAGCGUGUCUCUUUAUGGUCAAGUAAAAAUGCUCCAUAAAAAGCUUUGUUCUUUGCAGGCCUUUCUUGAGAAAUUCAAGCGCGGUGGUGGUGGUGCUAAAAUCAAUGAUUUGGAAAUCAAAAUUAGAGACUUUGCGCUCAAAGCUGAAGACCACAUUGAAAUACAAAUCAGCAACUAUCUUGUGGCCAAAGAUGGAGGGCAUCCACAAAAUGCUUCUCAGGAGCUCCAUCAAACCUUGCGAGAAGCGGCAAAAAAUGCAGCAGAGUUGCUGGAGAUGCUGAAUGAAGAAGAUGAUGAGGUCGGGCCUGAGAAUGUUAAGUUGACUGGAUCCUCACAGUCACAGUGCUUUGAGGGCAGAAUAAUGGUCGGGCGUCACCGUGAUCGUACAGCGAUAAUCAACUCCCUCUUCGACGAAUAUGGAGAAAGAGUAAUUGCAAUUGUUGGGAUGAUGGGUAUAGGAAAGACUUGUUUAGCCAGAAGUAUCUACAAUCAUCCCUCUGUUGCAUCGCAUUUCCAGGUACGAACUUGGAUUACUUUACCUCAAGAAUACCAGCAUGUGGAUCAAACACUACGUGAUCUUUUGUCGUCAAUUUCCGGAGUAGAGCCUCAGCCAGAUGAAGUUUAUAUUAGUCGUUCCUUAAGUCCACUGCAAUUGGAAAUAUAUCAACGAUUAGCACGUCGGAGUUGUCUAAUUGUUCUGGAUAACUUAUGGGACAAUUCAGGUUGGGGACAUAUCAAAGAUUGUUUUCCUUUUAGUCUCAGAAGUCGCAUAUUAAUAACCACAACGCACUUCGAUCAGAAAAGCUAUGCUGAUAUAUAUUGUUAUAAGCAUAACAUGGCUUUUCUGGAUCCAAAGGAAAGUUGGGAUCUAUUCUGCAAUAUCCUUUCUCCCAAAGAAUCUAUGGCACCUAAAUUUGAAAAAAUUAGGAGUGAGGUUUUGGAGAAAUGUGAAGGAUUACCACAAUUAAUUGUUGAAGUUGCAAAGCGUUUGUCAAAAUGCAACAACAUACAACAAGAAUGGAAGAAGAUUGAAAAGGAAGUAGAGUUGCUGGGAGUUCUAGAUCGUACUGUACUUGCUCGCAUAUACAAUGAAUUGUCAAAUUAUGUGAAUGUUUGCUUUCUAUAUUUUGGAGUCUUCCCAAAACGCAGUGAAAUCUCAGUUAAAACACUUAUUAGAUUGUGGGUUGCUGAGGGAUUUGUGAAGCAAUUGGAAAUUGUAGCUUAUGAGUAUUUACAAGAGCUUGUUGAUAGAAGUCUUGUCUUAAUUAGCAGCCGGAGCUCAAAUGGCAAAAUUAAGACUUGUAAGAUGCAUGGUAGCAUGCAUACUUUCUGUGUAGGAGAAGCUCAAAGAGGAGGUAUUUUAUGUGCAGUAAAUACUAUGCAAUUUCCAGGAGUUUCAUUAAAUGCAUUUGCAAAUUCAUGCCGUUGGUUGAGUUUAUACACACAUAGUUUUGACUAUUAUGUGUUGUUUGAUACAAUUAACUCUCGCUCCAUUUUCUUCUUUCAUGAAAAUCCUGAAAUUUCUGUACCUCUCAAGCUGUUAAGAGUUUUGGCUUCUGUUCCACCCCCAUUCUUCCGAAGAAUGCAAAUGCAUUUUGGGGAUUUCAUUUUUUUGAGAUACAUAUCUGUAGCACAAUGGUUUGAAGGUCUGGAAUAUAUAGUGUCAAUUAACUCUAAUUUGCAGACACUUGUUGUUUCUGGUAAUGGAUCACAAGCUACUGUCCGCUUGCCAUCCAAAAUUUGGGAGUCACCACAGUUGAGGCAUCUUGAACUUGGCAAUUCAUAUACAGUAGAUCCUCCAAGCGUUGAUAUGAAGAGUUUUCAAACAUUAUCUUGGGUGAGUCCAACCUAUUGCCAAAAGGAAAUGUAUAACAAGCUUCCGAAAUUAAAAGCACUGAAAAUUUUCCUUAAAGAUGAAUUAGAGCUCAACUGCAUUUGCGGAUCUUGCAGUAAUCCCAUCAUUUUGGAUAAUCUUGACUAUUUGGUAGGGCUUGAGAAGUUAACGAUUUUAGUUGCUAUUGACUGCACUGUAACCCUUCGAAAUCGGUCUAUAUUUCCUUUCCUACUGAAGGAGUUGAGGUUGAGAGGGCUUAAUCUCUCUGAGAGGCAUUUAACACUAAUUGGCAAGUUGCCCCAGCUUAAGAUGCUCAAGCUAGAAAAUUCCUUCCAUGGAAAAGUAUGGGUAGUAUCAGAAGGAGGAUUCUGUCAGUUAGGAUUCUUGCAUCUUGAAGCUAAAAACCUGGUGCAGUUGAAGGCUAAUAAAAAUUCCUUCCCAUGUCUCCAGCACUUAGGUCUAAAAUUCUGUUAUUGCCUGGAAGAGAUCCCUCAGAGUUUUGCACAUAUUUUCAAGUUGCGGUCAAUUGAGUUGAAACAGUGCAGCCCUUCUGUAGUCGCUGCUGCCAAGCAGAUUCUAGAACGACUGGAUCGAAUACGAAGAAGAGAGUUUGAGAUCAAAAUUGACGGGUCUGAAUAUGACCAUAUGAGGAAUCACAAUAUCCACAAGUAGAAGAUGAUUUGGCCAAGAUCACAGUGAGCUAACUGUUAUUAGAAAAAUGGGCAUUAAGGAUAAAUUUCCUUAAUCCCAGAUAUUUGUCAGUUGUGGGUUCCUUCUAAAGAUGUAGUGUCAUCCGUGAAACCCUUGCCAGUGUGCUUGAGUUAACUAAUGUUGAUGUUUCUCAAAGGAAUCGUAUAUGUUGGUGGCUGUGGCAUGGAGAUUGGUGUGGUCAUUGAAUAUGUUGCAGAAAAAUUUCUAAAUUGGGAAGCUGGUUGUGCUCAAGCUAUUAUUGGAGUUCCAGAGACAAAUGUUUCCAUGAAGGUUAAACUUCCGCAAUCUCACAUGAUUGAGAGUUGUGGGGGUUCCUGUGAAAGUAAGAUGCUAUUGCAGA